ACCGCUUGCAGCAUCAGCACCAUGGACCAGUGAUUUCUAAUUUCAUCAUUUUCAAAACCAUGGCCAUCGCUAUGCCAACGACGUCAAGUCGUAUUAGCCGAAUUAAUCUCAGGAUACUCGUUAAAACCAUUAGAUAAUAAGCAAAGGCGAAAGGAGAAGAUUGUCAUACAGGAUAGAUCGGAGAAAUCAUUAAGUUGAAGUCACGAGCGGAGCUUCCGCCCAAUGCAAGGCAACCUGGGGGUAGGGAGGUAGGACUAGAACGUUUGCGUUUACAACAUUCUGUUAUUCCUGGCGAACAUGGCGGCACCUGCGCUCUCCAGCCGGGCUGGGUCCGUGAGUAGCCUGGGGAACAGCCCCACUGCGACUCCCGGUUCUACAAACAUGAAUAAAAGUAUCCCUGGAUACCCAGAGCUCGACUUCAGAUCGGGGGCGAGAAUUGAAGAACUGAAUCGGUUGAUCCAUGAAUUUAGUAAACAUGACCAGAGGGAAUAUGACGACCAGAGAGCACUGGAGAUCCACACGGCCAAGGACUUCAUUUUCUCCAUGCUCGGUAUGGUGCAGAAGCUGGACCAGAAGCUACCUGUCGCUAAUGAGUACCUGCUGUUGUCUGGCGGUGUGCGGGAGGGCGUGGUGGACAUGGACCUGGACGAGCUAAGCGUGUAUGCGCGUGGCACUGACUACGACAUGGACUUCACCCUGCUGGUGCCUGCGCUGAAGCUGCACGACCGCAACCAGCCAGUCACGCUGGACAUGCGCCACUCAGCGCUGUGCCACUCGUGGCUGAGCCUGCGCCUGUUCGACGAUGGCACCAUCAGCAAGUGGAAGGACUGCUGCACGGUGGUGGACCACCUGAGCGGCGCCACCAACUACUUCUUCUCCCCGACCCUAGUGGCUGACUGGUUCCACGAGUCGGUCAGCGUGGUGCUGGCCGAGAUCCAGAAGAAGCCGCAGCGCGGGAUGCCGCGCGUGGAGAAGGUGGAGAAGAACGGCACGGUCAUCUCCGUCAUCCUGGGCGUGGGCAGCAGCCGCAUGCUCUACGACAUUGUGCCCGUCGUCUCGUUCAAGGGCUGGCCGGCAGUGGCCCAGAGCUGGCUGAUGGAGAACCACUUCUGGGACGGCAAGAUCACGGAGGAGGAGGUGAUCAGCGGCUUCUACCUGGUGCCCUCCUGCUCGGCCAAGGGCUGUCGGGAGAACGAGUGGCGCUUGUCGUUCGCCCGCAGCGAGGUCCAGUUGAAGAAGUGCAUCUCCGGCAGCCUCAUGCAGGCCUACCAGGCGUGCAAGGCCCUCAUCAUCAAGCUGCUGUCGCGCCCCAAGGCCGUCAGCCCCUACCACCUCCGCAGCCUCAUGCUGUGGUCCUGCGACCGGCUGCCCUCGGCCUACCUGGGCCAGGAGGACUUUGCCGCCCACUUCCUGCUGGGCCUCAUCGAUGACCUGCAGCACUGCCUGAUCAACAAGAUGUGUCCCAACUACUUCAUCCCGCAGUGCAACAUGCUUGAGCACCUGUCGGACGACACGGCCAUGCUGCACGCGCGCAAGCUCUCGUCCGUGCGGUCGGACCCGGUCGAGCACCUGCGCACGGCCAUCGAGCACGCCAAGGCGGCCAACCGGCUGACGCUGGAGCUGCAGUGGCGUGGCAGCACAUCGGGGCUACCGUCACCGCAGUCGGACGCCAGCGGCGAGCAGCAGCCGGACGACCGCCUGGCCAAGAAGCUGCAGCAGCUGGUGACGGAGAACCCCGGCAAGUCCAUCUCAGUCUUCAUCAACCCGGACGAUGUCACUCGGCCCCACUUCCGCAUCGAUGACAAAUUCUUCUGAGGGGAAAUUGGGGGCGGCAUGCUUGCUCUCACUCUCUUUCUUUCUCUCUUUCUCUCUCUCUGAUGCACACACACACUCACGAAAAGCAAAAGUUUUGUAUCUUCCUUCCUGUAACACAGUUGAUCAGAUGGAGAGGACUGUACCAGAAGGGAAAAAUGUGUUAGUUUUAUGUCCCUAGGUCCCCCCAUACUGUUCUGGGACUGAGAAUACAGGGCUUUGAGAUGCCUGACCUCUGAGAGAGAGAGAAAGAGAAAGGGAGAGAGGGAGAGAGGGAGAGGGAGAGAGAGAAAGGUAAAGGAAGAUUGUCCUGAUUUUUCAAGAGGUAGCAGUGUUUUUUAUUAUUUGGUGCUUUGGCUAUGUGGGAUAAAUGUAAAUGAAACAGGACUCUUGUGGAUUGUGGUUUUAGGUUUUUUUGCACAGUUGAGGUCUAAGAGCAGGUCUUAGCCUAGGCGCCAUUUUUUUAAUUUUCCUGCUCCAUUUAAUUAUUCAGCGAUCACCGACAAUUAGAGAUCAUGUGUCACGAGUUUAGAGCUGUUAAAGAAAUGUAAACUUCAUCAUAUAUUCACAUUAAGGCUAGCUAAAGCUCAUCUGUAUAGUCAUUUCAUAUCUUUCAUGUGUGAAGUUAUCAGUUCUGCAAUUUCAAAUGGAAUAUGCCAAAACUCUGCGAGAUGGACGCUAAAAGACUCAUAUCUGCAUACUUAAGUGCAAUUAGUUUCAACACGCAUUGAGACACUGGUGUUGUUUGGAUAUGACUUUUGAUUUGCACACACAAUAUGUUCUAUACACAGAAACACACACGCACACACACACUUGCAGACAUACACGACUCACACCAACAAACUCACAUGAUCUUCAAUGCAACACUAUAAUCUAUUUAAGAACUGCACCAAUAUCACUGGCGCAGUCAUAUCCCUUUCAAGCUCCUUAUCCUAUGUCUCCAUUUGUGGAACUACUACUGUUUUAGAGUCUUAUUUUCUGUGUUUGCUGCUAUUUUACCUUUUUUUAAACAAACAUUUUUAUAAUUUACUCUUAUGCAAACAAUUUGUUCAUUUGAAUGUGCAUUGCUACUGUGUAAAUAGUCCUGUAAAUUGUCAUAUUUUGUUCCAUAAAAUGGAUACUGCUUCAUGGCGUACAAGACCCCCAUGAGGCCAUAUUAUCUUGAGUAUCAGCCGAUCAAAGGACUUUAAAAUCGGUACAAGCCAAUUGUGUCGCAUCAACCUGGAGAAGGCAGACCAAUUGGAACUGACCAAAUGCAAAACCCACCGAAUCAGCAGGGACCAAUCACACUGCCUUACAGCAUCACCCUGGACCAAUCGUUUGUUUGAGGGUUGAUCCCGUGAGUUAAAAGGUUUAGAUUUCAGACAAGACACCAGUCAACUGUUUAAUCCGAAAGGAAUCCAUUUGGAGACUUGUAACUAUAUCACUAUGUACCAAAUCUAAUUGUGUGAGUUUUGAAAGAUGGUCUUUAAUGACAAGAGUUGCUAAUAUAUCGAUAAUGCAUCACAGAAGAACUCGUGAGAAUGUUCAAUUGCAGAGACUGUUGUCAGCUGUAAGGCAGACAAACAUGCAAAAUGAGUGUGUGAUGAAUAAAGUAAAAGAAGACCCUGCAGCCCUCA